GUAACUAUUUAUUGUCUUCACUCUGCACCUUUUGUUCCAGCAUGGCAGCAAAUAAAGACGAGCCGAACCCGGAGGAUAUUGUAGCAGACGAGGAGGAGAUGGAGGAGGCUCUGUGUGUGCUGGCUGGAAGCGACCCGAACAACUGCUCCUAUUCACGGGGUUAUGUGAAGAGACAGGCUGUGUUUGCCUGCAGCACUUGCACUCCCAGUACUGCAGAGCCUGCUGGGGUUUGUCUGGCCUGUGCCAAUAAAUGCCACGAAGGACAUGAAAUCUUUGAGCUGUAUACCAAAAGAAACUUUCGCUGUGACUGUGGAAAUGGCAAGUUUGGAGAUUUCGAGUGUCAGCUGAUUCCUGCCAAAGACAAUGAAAACAACAAAAAUAUCUACAAUCAUAACUUCCAUGGCUGCUACUGCACGUGUGACCGGCCGUAUCCAGACGCAGAUGAUCAGGUCAACGAUGAGAUGAUUCAGUGUGUCAUCUGUGAGGACUGGUUUCAUACCAGGCACCUGGGCUGCUCCAUGGUGGAACCUGAGGAGCUGCAAGAGAUGGUGUGUGAGGCCUGCAUGGGCAAGGCUCCAUUCUUGUGGACGUAUGCUGCUCACUUUGCAGUACCACCUGUCGUCAGCGUCAGUCAUCCUGAGGAGGAUGUUGAGGUCGAUGUUGAGGAAGGAAGCGAUAAGGAAGAUGACUCUGAGCCCAGUCAGACCGAGGAUGAAGAACCCUCCACCAGUCUCGAACACACAAAGCAGGAGGAAGUGACAAACAGGAGAUCGCCUUGCAAACGGACUCAUGAGGAAAUGACAGGCAGUCCUGGAAAGGCCACUAGCAAAUCUGAGGAUUGCAGGCUGAAGGAGCUGCAGGCCCAGGGGCUGGAGAGGCCCAGAGAGGGAGCGGUGUUCUGGCCCUACAGUUGGCGCUCCAAGCUCUGCACCUGCACAAGCUGCAAGAGGGCUUACGUUGCCGUCCAGGUGCAGUUUCUUAUGGAUCAGGCUGACACCAUUCUGGCCUACGAAAACAAAGGCUUGGAUGAGCCGUUCGGGCAGCACCCACUCAUGGCACUGACGAGCUCACUGAACCACGUACAGCAGCUGGAGGUCAUUUAUGGUUACAACGAGCUGACAACUGUGAUCACUGCAUUUUUAGAAAAGUGUGCUGCUGAAGGAAAGACUGUCACAGCUGAAGCUGUUCAUCAGUAUUUUGAGGAGCUGCGGGCUCGAAAAAGACGUCGCACUAAUGCAGGAUACCAGUAAUAAGGAAGCCGUGCUGCUGCUGCUAUCAUAUGCCUGGAUCAUAUGGUGCUCUCCAUGAAUGUGUGACUUAGAAGAUGAGCCUUUUCCCUUGUUGAAUAAAAGGGCUUUUUUUCUGCAACCAAUGAAGCUUGAACAAUUAAUGUAUAGUACUGACUUCCAGUUAUUGUUGUAAAGGAUUGAGAGUUGUGUGCAUUUUCAGUUUCAUGUCCAGUUUUUCUAUUGAUUUAUAAUGAUGCCUUAACUUUGAAGCUUAAAAUGAACAGUUCCUUGAAACAUUGUUUUACGCACAUUGAGUUUUUAUGAACAAAAGACAAAUUUGAUUCAACACUGAAUACUUGAAGAUCAUGUCUGCUUAUGAGUAUUUCACAUGAGCACGAUGCUGCCCUGUGCAUUCCUGUGAACUUGAUAAGUAUGCCUGUGUGUUUAAAUUUUGAAGGUCGUCUGGUGGCGACCAGUGAAAACAAACACGUUUGAAACAGUGACAUCAUUGUUUUAUGUGGAUGGAUGUUCCCAAUAAACUUUCUGUUUCUACUGCACAAAACAACCCAACAGAAGUCGAGUGAAUUUCAUAAUAUCAAACCAGUUUAUUUUGAGGAUGCCCAAGUUGACCACUGUUACGCACCUUUUGAGGUGACAGUAGAAAAAUAGAUUCAGUGAAACUAAAUGCAACUUAAUAUCAAUCUACAAACAUUGUUUUCUAUGAUACCGUACAAGUACAAUGUACCUGUUAGAAUUCAAACACAAGCAAUCACACAUUUCAGAUGGUUCAAUUUCAAAAGGUGCUAAAUAACACUAUGUACACAAAACAAGCUACAUGAGAUUUCAAAGAACUAUUUGAUGCAGGCUGGUAAGCUGGUAGAAAAGAGCUUGCAUAGACAUCAAAGUCACUUCUCCAAUAAAAGCCCAGCCGCAGGCGGGGGAAGGCACUGACUUCUCUACAGCAAAGAGCAAAACAAGGACUUUUAUUCAAUGGAACAUUGUCCUGGAAAAUUAAACAACUACCCAACAUGAACAUGGGGAGGAAUCUGGAGUUUUGCAUUUUUUCCCCAUGAAGCAAGCUAGAUGGAAAAUGAUUUUUCUGCUUGGCAACUUCAUUAACUAGAGAGAGCUAAUAUCUUCAGAUCCUCUACAUAUUCCUGUUACUUUUAAAGUAAAGGAAAAUCAAAAAAGAGAA